AUGUCUUCGUCCACGUCAACAACUUCCAGUCCAACGGACAGCUCAAAUGGUUCUUUGGCAAUUUCAUAUGGUGCCCUGCCCCUGGUGCCUGGUGCGAAUUCGCAGAAGCCUUUCACGCUUUCCGAGCGCCUUAGCUUUGAGAUUCACCGUUACUCCAGCUAUUCGCCCAACUAUUUGCCUGAAAAUGUACUCGUCGACUGUCCAAAUGAUCAAACCUCUCGUUGGUCCGCCUAUACGAAUAGCCCACCACAAUUUCUUACCCUGAAGCUCAAACGUCCCGCCAUUGUGAAGAAGAUCAAAUUUGGGAAAUUUGAAAAAUCACACGUUUGUAACAUUAAAAAAUUUCGAGUUUUUGGUGGCUUAGAAGAUGAGCAUAUGGUACUACUACUAGAAGCUGGCCUUAAAAACGAUAAUAUACCUGAAGUAUUCAAUUUGCGUUGCAUGACUGAGGAUGGCUCGGAGAACCUGCCCAUUUUAUAUUUAAAAAUCGUGCCAUUAUUGUCUUGGAGUCCAUCCUUCAAUUUCAGUAUCUGGUAUAUUGAGCUGCAUGGCCAGGAUGAUCCUAUGUACACCUCUGCUCGCAUGAAAAACUACAAUAUGCUGCGUGAAACUGAGAUUAUUAAACUGUGCCUGAAACACUUCCGCCAACAGGGUUAUAUGGAAGCUUUUGGCGCCCUACAGGAACAGACAAAUGUGCGUCUAGAGCAUCCGCUUAUAAGCGAACUUCAUAAGUAUUUGGUGGUACAGGGUAAUUUUGAGCGAGCCGAAGAGUUUGUUGCUGAGUGCAUUGAGGAUGGUCUAAUGGAUGAGUAUUUGCAUAAGCAGGACUAUAAGCAUGCUUGGCAUAUGAAACACACUGAGAGUGACGUAAAGCCCGGCAAUCGUGGUGGUCAUCAGCUGGCUGUUGACACUAAGAAGCGACUUAUAUAUUUAUAUGGCGGUUGGGAUGGCUAUCAGGAUCUGAGCGAUUUGUGGGUAUUCAAUAUAGAGCUGGAUGAAUGGACGCUGCUGUGUGAUCGUUCGGAGCUAAUUAAGGGUCCAACGCCACGUUCUUGUCACAAGAUGAUCUUCGAUCCCAUUAGCGAAAACAUUUUCAUGCUAGGGCGUUAUCUCGACAACUCGAUACGAACCAGCGAUUACAUUAAGAGUGACUUUUACCUAUACGACACACGGUCAAAUGGAUGGAUGCAAAUUUGCGAUGAUACCAGUCAAGUUGGUGGGCCACAUCUAGUCUACGAUCAUCAGAUGUGCAUCGACACCGAUAAACGAACAAUCUAUAUUUUUGGUGGCAAAAUACUCACGCCACGAAGUGCCACAUCUUCGGUGGAGCCAGAGUACUCUGGCCUGUUCUCGUAUCAUAUUGCUACAGACACAUGGACACAGAUACUUGUCGAUUGCCACCAUGCCAGCGCAGCACAAACGGAUAUUAUGUCAAUUAAAUCUCGUAUUACCCACUGCAUGGUGUUUCAUAAUAAACAACGAAAGCUUUACAUUUAUGGUGGCCAACGAGGAAAGGAGGACCUGGAUGAGUUGCUAACUUACGACGUGGAUACUCAGGCCAUUUCAGUUCUUAAUAAGGAGCAUUCACAUCAUGGCAAUACAUCAACCUCGGAGGCAAAAUUCGAACCAUCAUCCGGUUAUACUUUGCGAGCUACAAUUGAUUGUGAUCGAGAUGAAAUUUAUAUUUUCUCAAGCCUGAAUAAGAUUAAGGAUCGACGUGAUGUACAUCAUGUCGAGCCGUCAAACUCCUUUUGGGUUUACUCAUUGCGCACACACAAGUGGUCACGGAUCUAUUACUGCCGUCAUAGUACUCAAGAUAUCAAUUCCAUUAAUAGGGCAAAUGUUUUGGGUACCACUAAAAUCGAUGGGUGCUUGGAACCAUGUCCGCGAUAUGCUCAUCAGAUGGUCUACGAUGAGUUAGCUAAGACGCACUAUCUCUUUGGUGGUAAUCCAGGCAUUUCUCAGUAUCAGCAACUGCGUUUGGAUGACUUUUGGUUGCUGAAUUUGGAAAAGCCAAAACGUGAGGAAAUAUUAAAACAUUGUCGCUAUCUAAUACGAAAACUUCGCUACGAGGAAAUGGUGCGCAUAGAACCUUUGAAAGCGAUGCAGUAUCUUAGGCAUCAUAUAUCUGAAGUAAUAGAUCAUACCGAUGCAGAGCAACUAAACAACUUCCAUAAGCUGGCAUCAUUACUCUUCAAGCCCCAUGAAAUCAGCCAUGACGCUACUCUGAGUCAAAAAACUACACCUGAGAAGUGCGCUGAGACUGAAAGAUUUGAUGAAGCGUCCGAUGAGAUCUUAAAGGCUGAAAUGACAGAAGUAAUUGGACUGGUGACUGCUGAAAAUAUGUCAAUCGAAUCAAAUGAAAGCCUGGCCACGUCUGGGAUAUCGGAGACAGCGUCCAGUCCCAGUAACUCGUCGUGCACCAAACGAGCGCGUACCGAGUCCAGUUGUGAGAAACAAAAUCGUCGAGCUUUUCUUUUCAACAAAUUGGUGCAACUGAUGCCAGCAAGCAUGGUGCAGCCAGAGCGCAAUUUGAGCGAUUUUGUGGUCAUUUAACUGUGCCAAUCACAAAUGCAUAUGCAGGCAAAAACGACAUUAUUUAUAAGUAUUUCAAUGUUUACGUUAAUUAUUUGGAAAUGUUAUAUAUGCUUGAUUCAAACGCUAAAUGUGAAUGUGAUACUCAAUUCGUCCUUACUUUCCUUUUGUUUAUUUCAAUGUUAAGUUUAUCGGCUGGUGCUAAGCACCAUUUAGCGUGUGCUAAAUAUUGAAUUGAAAUUAUCUGCAACACAAAGCUAUUUUCAUUGUGAUAGUUAAUUUAACAACAUGAAAGCAAAGGUUAUUGCGUUUAAGUCGAAAUACUAUAAAAAAAAAUGUGAAA